UUCUGGGCACCUUCGCCCCCAGAACUACCCGGGCCUCGGACAAUCAAGCGAUUCUGGUUCCCGGUGGUCCCUUCCUCUGUCCGCCUUCCCGCUUCCGGCGUCACUCGUGUCCUGAGGGCGGAGGUUGCCCAGCGCUCGGCGUGGAGCCGCAGGCCAGGGCGCCAGAGGAGCGCAGCGCAAGUUUUCCCGAAACUCCGGCGAGAGGCACCGGGGAGCGUCUCCCCGCCAAGCCGACCCCAUUGUGGUUGCCCGGCGACUGUGGGGCGCUCGGAACUGCGCGGCGCUGCGUCCCCGGGCCCGGCGGCUGAGGAGGCCACGCGCGCGGGCGGGAGCCCACGCUGCUCCAGAGACUUGAACUCACCAAAUGUGUAUCUAAAGUGAUAUGGUAUGGAGCGAUGGGAGAUACAGCAUUCUCACUAAGAAUUGGACCCUUUGCCAACAGAAUGCAGAAAUCCUCUUGCUAUAUUCCCAUCGUGAGCCGUGCGACGCUCUGGGAGAGAAGCAAAGUGCAUGCAAACCCUAGCCCUCAUCAUGAGAGAACUGCUUUGCCUUGCUCCAGAUUCAUGAACCAUAUGAAGAAUUUCUCAGAAUCUCAUAGAUUUAACAGUCUAAAUUUUCUACAUUUUCCAGUGCUCCCAGGUAGUUCUCAGAGUCCAGUGACGUUUAAAAGACUGCUCUGCACUCGCCAGUACAUAAUCCCCAGGUCUCCUGAAAGUACACCCUCCUUUGACGAUGAAAACUAUGGAGAAUCCUGUCCCACCCCAACACCAUCCAGUGAAAGGGAUGAGGUCCCACCGAGCUUCACUGUCGGAGGAAAAAUUAAGAGGCCAAACAGAAGAGUACCUAACCAGGCCUGGAGCAGUCCAUUUUUGGAACAGCAAAUGGCAAAAAAGCCUGUUCUACCACACUCAGUAAAUCCCAUUCACCUGGAGGCUGUGGGUAUACAUUUCAAAAGACACAGGAAACCUCAAAACCAGUCCUUGGACAGAUCCAAAGGAGAUUCUGGGCCAGCUGCGAGACCUUUCACGGCCAUCGGCCUCUGCGGGAACCACGGCCCCUUCGCCCAGCAGAGCGUCUGGCGGAGCUGCUCGGACCCGGAGCUGGAGGGGAGAGUGGCCGCCCCGGCGCACCGAAGCGCAGUCCGAGGGGGCGCGGUUGCCAUGGCGCCGGAGACGCUCCCGAAGCAUCCCCAGGCCGUGGAGGAGAGGCGGCCGAGGGCCGACUCCGCCCUCCGGGGCAACCUGGCAGGAGCGCCCCUUCUGCUGGCGGGCGCUUCCAGCCCUCUCCCCUCCAAGAGGUUAAUCAAGGUUUGCUCCUCGGCACCCCCCCGCCCGUCCCGGCGUUUCCAUACGGCUUGUUCACAGGCCCUUUGCAGGCCGGUGGUGAAUGCUCAGCUCCAUUGACCGCUGCGAGGGGAUUGUUCGGCGAGAGCUGCCCAUCCUCAAAUCAAUGCGGGCCCAGAACAAGAGAAAGGGCCUCAGAUGUACUGGUUUCCACAGAACCAUUGUUAGGCUUU